AGUUUAACAGAGAAGUGAAGGGAAAGGAUACGACUAGAGAUCGCUCCUACGCGAUAUUUAAAUAUCGAGUUUUUAAUUUCUUGGUGGAGGCUGUCACAUUUAAUUUCAUGUGUUGGAACCUGGGCAUCGUGGAUUGUUGCAGUGUUCGAUGGCUUUUAUUUUUUUUAAGGAUGGGUAGACGAGCUAGCGCGCUAGCCGUUAAAGCUAGCGGCUAGACGGAGCGCGAGCUGAGUGCGAGAGGGGCUUUGACAACCGUUCUUGGAGUGGAAGCUCACGGAGAGGACCCUCUCUCCGUCUUUCCGUUCAAUCACGGCGGCUACGGUGCGAACAGAGACUUGUCGUGCACUAGAAAUUCUGCGGUUUGAGACGUUGGACGUCGCUUAUCUUUUCACCCGGGGCUCGUCUGAGCUGAGGAGGGCAUUUUGGAAGCCGGGCCUGUGGUGGUUUGGAGCGAGGCCCUUGAUGAGAGAUCCACAGCAGACUCCUUUCUAGCUAGCAGGGGGACUGCGAAGCGAGCAGAGCAUUAAGUUGACCGAUCGUCCGAAAGCAACAAUACUCUCACUCACACUAAAAACCUUAAAGACUCCUGUCACAGCCAUGGCUGCGAUCAUAAAGGAAAUUGUCAGUCGAAACAAAUAUAGAUACCAGGAAGAUGGAUUCGACUUGGACUUGACCUAUAUUUAUCCUAACAUUAUAGCAAUGGGCUUUCCUGCUGAAAGACUUGAGGGUGUCUACAGAAACAACAUAGACGAUGUAGUGCGAUUCUUGGAUUCAAAGCAUAAAAAUCAUUACAAGAUAUAUAAUCUAUGUGCGGAAAGACAUUAUGAUACUGCCAAAUUUAACUGCAGAGUUGCACAGUAUCCAUUUGAGGAUCACAAUCCUCCUCAGCUAGAACUCAUUAAACCUUUCUGUGAAGACCUGGAUAAGUGGCUCAGUGAAAAUGACAAUCAUGUGGCUGCCAUUCACUGCAAAGCUGGAAAGGGACGUACGGGUGUCAUGAUAUGUGCGUACUUGUUACACCGAGGCAAAUUCAAAAAAGCACAAGAGGCUCUGGACUUCUAUGGUGAAGUUAGAACCAGAGACAAGAAGACUGUUAAAGAAGCCUUAUUUUAUAAUAUGAUUUGUUUUGUUAACCAGGAUAAGAUGUUUCACUUCUGGGUGAACACAUUUUUCAUCCCUGGACCAGAUGAGAACUCGGAGAAGGUUGAAAACGGAGGUUUAGUGAAGGAACAGGGUGGGAUCCAAACCACGGAACGGGGAGAGAAUGACAAGGAUUAUCUAAUCCUGACUUUAACCAAGAACAACUUGGAUAAAGCCAAUAAGGAUAAAGCCAACAGAUACUUCUCGCCAAACUUCAAGGUGAAGCUGUACUUCACAAAACCAGUGGAGGAACCAUCCAACUCGGAGGCCAGCACUUCUACGUCUGUAACACCGGAUGUUAGCGAUAAUGAACCGGAUCAUUACCGGUAUUCGGACACAACAGACUCAGACCCUGAAAAUGAACCGUAUGAUGAAGAACAGAUUACUAAAGUUUGAAAUAUUUUUAUGGGAAGUAAAAAGAAACCAUACGUAAUAGAGUUGUAUAAAGGAGAAAACUUGAAUAUGAAAGUACUUUUUUCCACCCCGUUUCUUUUUUUUUCAAGCAGAAUUAGGACACAAGUCACACAAAUGCUACCAGUUGUUGGGACAAAAAUGCUGACCAAUUUUCUUUUGUUCCUUCACCCUGCUCCGUGAAGUAUCAACACUGAUGUUCAAUGGAAAACAGCGUCAUUAGCUAUUAUGUAAAUACAUGUUCAUGCCGUAACAUGAGAAAGGAAGCCCAGUCAGGAUGGGAGAUCGUUUAUGGGAGAAAUUCAGUGGAGUUCAAAAUUAGCUGCUCCAUCAACCUGUUGAAACCUAGGCCAGUGCUUUAAUCAACAUUCACGCCCCCAUGUCUGUCCUCCUUUAGUCUGUCCUACCUACUGUGAAACCCUUCUCAUGCUGCUGGAAGGCCGCCAUGUGUCAGUCAGGCUCUGCUGUGCAGUGGAAACUGCGUCUCUUGCCAUUUUCUUUAGUCUGCUUUCAUCAUUACUACUGCUAGAAUGGAGGUGGUAAUGAUUCUACUAAACUACAUGACACCUUGGCAGAAAAUAUGACGUAUAGCUCCACCAUGUAUUGUUAUUACUAUUAUUAUUAUUAUUAUUAUUUCUUUUUUUUUAAAUGCAGAUAUACAUACAACACAACAGGGAAACCAGUGUUGCAAUAAUGUUGAUCGAAGGUGUGCAUGUUAUUGGAAUCAGUUUCCAUGUUGUCGAAUAAAUAUUAUUCAAUGUUUUUCUAAAAAAAGAAAAAAAAAGAAAGGUUUCUAAAGUCAUUUACAAUUUGUAUUUGGGAAGAAGAAAUUACCAUCACUCUUUCUUCUGCAGAUGACACUUCAGUGACACUUCAUUUAUAGAAUUUACAAUGGGCACUUGUUUAAAUCGGCUCACACAGAAUGCUUUUGUUUUUCUGUUUCACUUCUUAAAGGGUCAUGCUUUGAGCUCAAGGUAGUGUCAGUCCUAAAAUUCCUCUUUAGAAUGUUGUGGGAGACGGAUCAAUCUUGCUUGAGGGCUCUGUGGCCAUGGUUCACUACAGCGAUCUCUGGUCAGAAUGGGUUUGAUGGUGUACAGCAUUUCGUUUAAUGCAUGUCAACAUGGAGAAGCCCUUUUCUGAAUGUAUCAACCUUGGAUGCAAGUUUUGAUUAGAUUUUAACAGCGUUUACAUUGGUUUUUCUUUCUUCCUGGCUGUGUCAGACAUCAGAUUUUAGGCUCCCUAUAACAUGUUUGUAGCCUUAUCUGCAUGAUCUAAUGAAAUCUGGAUCAUUUAUCCAGCAAUGGUGCUUGCUAAACUAAACUCUAAAUGUAUAGUUCAGUCAUUUUGGAGCAAAGAAUCUCAUGGUGCAAGCAUUUAAAUGCACUGUGUGGUGCGUUGUUAGUUUCUAACAAUUUGAUGUCCCUCACUAGCUAGUCCUUUUUUUUUAUUUUAAUUUUUUUAUUAUUAUUCUUGAACAGUCCUCGUUCCCAUUGGAAUGAGCAUAGUGCAGCUACGGAUUUUACACAGUCUUGUGCUUGCUUCAGAAAUAUUAAAGCCCUAUAUAUGAGAAUAUUUAAAUGUAUAAUUUUCUUUAAGCAUGCCAAAUCUUUUUUUUAACAUCUGGCUGAUGUGGCCAGACCAAAAAAAAAAAAAAAAAAAAAAAAAAACUUUCUCAGUCUCUUGGGCAAGAAUCUUCACUAAGAAGGGUAGUGAGUAAGCUGCCUUUCUCGUACUGUUAAAGUUUCACUCUUCUCACCAGCCCACUGCACACCAUACAUCUCGCCUUCCUUUAGAGAAAGAAUACGUUUCCCUGACAUGAGGAGACUGGGCCUUCCUUUAUGAGAUUGUACACUAACCAAUCCAGGAAUAAAAGCAAGCAAAUCAAGGAUUCUCAUUUUGUUUACAUUUUAUCACAUCACUGAAAACCUGCCAAAAUUAAGCUUAAUCAUUUUUGUGUUAUGAUUUUCUUUGUGCUCCGAGGAGGAGGCAGGGCCCACGGGAGGUAUUCUUUGCCUUACUUGAAGUUGACAAUGCUUACUCUUCUACUGCUUUGAUACCUACCAUUCUGCCCAAGCACUGACUUAUUUAAAGCUACUAUAAUAGAGCAACAUAUUGUACUAGACAUUUGCACUGUUACAGGUCUUUGCAGGGUUUCAGUCAGCGGUCCACAGUAUUUUUUAUUUGUAUCUUUGUUCACGUUUUAUUUUUGUAAUUUUUUUUGUUUUUUGGAAAUGCUUUACAGUAAUCAAAAAUAGAGGAUAGAGGUUAAAUGAAAAUACGUUAAUAUUGUCUCUGUGAAUCCCAAUAGAAUCAAAUGUGUUUGACUGAAUCCUUUUUUUUUUUUUUUUUAAGAAAGCAUAAAAUAGAAAAAAAAAUGAAUAAAGCGACUAUUUAUGAAAGUAUUCGUUCACAUUCUGGCAAUGACCCUGCAGGUAUUUCCCAUAGUCCUUCUAAAUGUACGCUGAUGUGUUUUAAAUGUUUAGCGGUUUAAUGUAUGACUCUACUGAAGAGUAUCACAUGAUGAACUUGAAUUUAAAAGGAUAGUUCACCCAAAUGUUCUGUCAUCAUUUACUCACCCUUGUGUCUUUCCAAACCUGUAUGAACAAGAAGAUAUUUUGAAGAAAUCUUCAGCUGUUUUUGUCCACACAGUGAAAGUCAUUUGGGUUCCACCAUGUAAAAAUUGAGUAUAAUUGACAAGAAAAUACUAUUUCAGACUUUUUACUUUAUUUCAAAUUUAAUUGUUACGUGUCAUUUAGAGCAUGAGUGUGAGAAAAUGAUGAAUGUUCAUUUUUAGGUGACCUAUCCAUAAGCCUCAGAUCGUCUCUGCAACGAGACGCAUCCCUUGACAAUUUAGCCACAGUACCUUUAUACGCAGACCCUCAGACAUCUUGUACGUGGCACGGGUGUGUGGAGCUCACAGGCAGCAUGAAAAAUUCAUUUUCAGCUUUAAUGAAAAACAAAACGUCUUUCGAAGGUGCCAGUGUAAAUGUUUCACGUCACUCUUUCUUAGCUGAUUUGUGCAAUAUGUUGUUAUGAUGCCUGUGGUUGCCACAAAGUGCCUCUCGUUUACAGUUAAAGAAAAAGUACGCUUUAAAAACUGUUGUAGGACAUCAUGUCAUGCAUGCGGAUGGUUGGAUGGAUAGAUGGGGUGGUACUGUGCACUAAAUCGUCCAGCUAGACUUGCGCUGGGGGCCCUUUGGACUUUGGCCAUGCUCCAUUCGAAAUCAUUCUUCUCCCCAGAGGGUUUUUACUUUCACGUAAUGUAAACGCGGUAUAUUUUCAGUCUCUUAAGAAAACAGCCUUACUCCGUUUCAGCCUGUUCAGAUACUAUUGUGCUGUGCAACAGUUGCUCUGUGUGUAAUGCCUAUGCACUGAGAAUACACAAACCAACCAUGUAUGAAAUAUUGUACAGGUAAUCAUGUUGCUCAUACAAAUCACGUUUGUUUGUAAUUGUAUGUGUAAACUGCCCUUUAUCUUAGUGUUAUAAACUCCAUGUAAAUCCAAUAAAGUCUCAUUCUUGUCA